UUUGUUUGUGUCCCUAAUAUAUUGUUGCUUAAAAUUUGGCAUGACUAGAGUUACCCCUGGCCAAGAGCUACUUAAAAACUGAUCUGAGACCAAACCAUCAAACUUUGUUGCUUCCACCAUUUAUGUCCAUCCAAGACCAUUUUGAUAUCACAAACAACUUCGAUUCUCCCUCUAAUUUCUUACACCAAUGUUCUCAAACCAGCAAUCUUAGAGCCCUGAAGAAACUUCAUGCAAAUCUACUCAGAAAAGGCACUCUCUUUCUCUCUCUUGGCCUCCACACCAAACUCAUCUUCACAUACACUACAUGCCUUCAAAUUCAAAGAAACCCACUUCAAACUCUCAAAAAAUUCUUCACCUUCCUCAACCCAACAAACCCAUUACCCUUCAAUGCACUGAUCUCAGAUUUUCGUAGAAAAAGAUGUUUUUUUCUCGCUCUCCAAACAUUUUCCUUCAUGCACACUAAUGGGGUUCCUGUAGACACAUACGCUUUGUGUAGUUCUUUGACAGCUUCAUCCGAUAUGAAAAAUGUUGAAUUUGGUAAGCAAUUGCAUACCCAUGUGAUGAAAUUGGGUUGGUCAUCGAGUGUGUUUGUGGGGAGUGCUCUGAUUGAUCUGUAUGCGAAAUUGUUGCUUAUUAAAAAUGCGGUCCAACUGUUCGAUGAAAUGCCUGUUAGAAACACAGUGUGUGCGAAUGCUCUUUUGUCAGGCUAUGCCGAGGCCAAAUUGUGGGCGGAGGGACUUGAGCUUGUUCAGAACAUGCCCGGAUUAAACUUGAACUUUGAUAAUUUCACAUUAUCAGCUACUUUGCGUGUGUGUGGUGGACUAUUUGCUGUUGAACUAGGUGAACAAGUUCACGCCAAAAUGAUACGUACUGUGCCUAAAGUGGGAGAUGAUGUGUUUCUGCAGAGUUCAUUGAUUGAAAUGUAUGGAAAGUGUGGACUAGUACAGAAAGCUAGGAAGGUCUUUAGAAUGGUGGGUUUUAGACUAGAGGGAGAGAGGAAGAGGGAUGUUGUUUUGUGGACUUCCAUGCUUGGUGUAUAUGGAAGAAAUGGCUGUUUUAAAGAAGUGAUUGGAUUGUAUAAAGAGAUGUUGAGGGAGGGGGUCACACCGGAUGGGGUGGCAUUCAUGACAAUCAUCUCAGCUUGUGGUCACACCGGCCAAGUGAAUCUUGGGAUUGAAUAUUUUGAAUCCAUGGUUUGUGAUUUUGGAUUGGAUCCAAGACCAGAGCACUAUAGUUGCUUGAUUGAUUUGCUUUGUCGAGCUGGUGAGUUGGACAAGGCGUGGAAGUUGAUGAAUGAGAUGUCAAAUAAGGCAAACGGAAGUUGCACAGUUUCCAUGUGGGGGGCUUUGCUUAGCGCCUGCAAUGAAUGUGGGAACGUUGAUUUGGCUAAAUUGGCCACACAAAGGGCUCUUGAAUUGGAUCCUCGGAAUGUAGGGAUUUAUGUCUUGCAAUCAAAUAUGUACGCAAAGUAUGGUAUGUGGAAUGAGAUCAAGCAGUUGAGGGAGCAGAUGAAGGAGAGAGGGCUGGAGAAAGAUGUUGGUUGUAGUUGGAUAGAGGUCACAUGUUGAAUUGGAGGGCAAGUCUAUGUGUGUGUCAUGUUGCAAAAAGUUGCAGAAUUUACAAAGCAGCGGGAGAUCCAAUUUUACAACUAGAUGUUCUUCAGUUUGGAUGGAAUAAAACUCAUUCACAUUGGGGAUUUUCAAAAUUAAGUCUUGGUAUUGGGUGUUUUCAAAACCUUGUUCUUUUUUGGAAAGCUUGAAACAAGCCCCUUAGCUUGUCCCACAUUGAAAAGUGGGGAAAGUUGGAGCGAGCUACAUGGAAUACUCUCUUGAAUAGAGAAAUAUGGAGAAAGAUGUUAGAUUGUAUGCACGUGUACAGUAAGAACCGUGAAUUGCACAAGCACGCACGCACGCACGCACGUAGUGUGGAUAAUGGUUUAUCUCGAAUAAAGAAAUGUGGAGAAAGAUGUUGCGGUGUCUACACAUGUAGGGUGUGUUUGUUUAAACGGACGGGAUAAAGGGAGAUUGUAAUCUAUCGAAUUAUUAGUUUUGGGAUAAAUUGUCCCCGGA